GUUUGUUGGAAAGCUCACGGAUUCUCUACCUGUCAGUUAUGCUCAAUACAAGCAUCCUUAUGAGGUUGCCUGUGCUCUGCUUGUUGGAGACAUGUUGGGGGCAGUUUGAUUCCUUUGACUUUGGUAUUCCUCCAAUUAGAGCAGCCAUUGAACCAGUGGAUUCCUUAGUGUUUAUUGGAGAGACCCUUAAAAUACAAUGCCGUUUGACAAACAGCGUAUUUCCUGUGUCACCUGAGGACAUGUAUUUUGAAAUGACACCUCAUUUUAAAGAUCUUACCUGGAUCGUACCCACAGAGAACGUCACAGUGGUCGAUGACGGCAUCUUUGCCUAUGUUAAAAUUACAGAUGACUACUCCAAUUUUACCUCUGUUUCUUGCUUGUCCAAGAAUGAUACUGAACCACUGGCAUCUGUUUACAUUCAUGCUGAAAAACCAAUCAAGAACAUCACAAACAUGUCUGCUGUCUACUACUAUAACAGAGAUCUGGAGUUAACCUGGAGUCUGGGAGAGACGUACCUCUGUGAUGACUGUAUCAAUGUGACAGUGGACUACAGUGCUAUUGUCCCACCAAAUGAAAG